CGGCCCUUCUCAUCGUCCUCACAGCCCUGAGAUCGGUGCUGGGGUUGCAGAUGGGGAAACUGAGGUUCCAGUCAGCGACAGGCAGGGCUGGGGCUGGACCCCAUUCGGCUGGACAGCCGGCACCACGACCCCCGAGAGGCGGCCGCGGGCACCACGCACGUCAACCAUGUACUGGGUCCUGCGGGCAGCUCCCUGCACACGGUCCCCGGGCUGAUGCUGGGUAAACUGAGGCACAGAGAGGGUCAAUGACCUCUGGGGUCACACGGCCUGGCAGAGCGCAGGUUUGCCCGGGCAGGCGGCCCCGAGAGCCUCCCCCCACCCAUUUCCUGGCCGCCUGUGCAAUCGCGAUCGUGGCCAAUGGUCGAGGCGGGCGGUCACCGGGCUCCCAGAAGCACCGGCUCCGGCGGAGGUGGGGCCUCUGACCACAGGCUGCAGCCGGGCCCCCUUCCCGGCCGUUGGGCGAGGGUGGGGCCGCGGCUGGCAGAGUCCUCCAGGGAGCCGCCAGCCCGACAGCCAUGGGGUGCGGGGCGGGGGGCCGGGGCCGCCUGCUGCUGACCGUGGCCGCUGUCCUGACGCUGCUCACGAGGCCCCCAGGCUCCUGGGGGGCCCGGAUCAUCGGCGGCCACCAGGUGACCCCCCACUCCCGGCCGUACAUGGCGUCCGUGCGCUUCAAGGGCGAGCACUUCUGCGGGGGCUUCCUGCUCCGCGCCCGCUGGGUGGUCUCGGCCGCCCACUGCUUCAGGGACAGAGACCCCCGCGCGGACCUGGUGGUGCUGGGGGCGCACGCCCUGCGCGUCGCGGAGCCCACGCAGCAGGUGCUGGGCGUCUCGGCCGUCGUCAGUCACCCCGACUACCAGCCCGCGACCCACGCCAACGACAUCUGCCUGCUGCGGCUGAACAGCUCUGCUGUCCUGGGUCCUGCCGUGGGGCUGCUGAAGCUGCCGCGAAGCGGCGCCAGGCCACCCAGGGCCGGGACGCUGUGCCGUGUGGCUGGCUGGGGCUCUGUGUCUGACUUUGAAGACCAGCCCCCUGGGCUGAUGGAGGCCGAGGUCCGUGUGCUGGGUCUGGACGCCUGCAACCGCUCCUGGACGGGCCUGCUAAAGCCGGCCAUGCUCUGCACCCACAGUGAGGACAGCCAGAGGCGCGGCUUCUGCUCGGCGGACUCCGGGGGGCCCCUGGUGUGCCGGAACCGGGCCCACGGCCUCGUCUCCUUCUCGGGCCUCUGGUGUGGCGACCCCAAGACCCCCGACGUGUACACGCAGGUGUCCGCCUUCGUGAGUUGGAUCUGGGACGUGGUUCGGCAGCGCCCGCAUGGCCCCCAGCCCAGCCCCCCUGGGGUCCCCGCAGGAGCUGCCUGAACCACGCCGGAUACACAUGGGGGACAGAGAACGAUGCAGAUCGGCUCGACCCUGGAAAGUUCUGCGGCCCACGCAGGGACGCCACGGGGCCCGCAAACCCCUGAGGCCUGGUGUGUGUGGGGUGGGGGGACAUCACUUCCAAACAGAAAGGGACAAAAUAACCUAAUAAAAUGUUAACUGACUAGCCAGACGGGGUCAUCUGCUCCCAGGGCCCGCCCACCUUCCUUCUGGCUUCUCCUUGGUGCCAGUGUGGCCGAGGGUCCCGCUCUACCACUCCCUCCCCGGUGACCUCCAGCCACUGGCUCAGCUUCCUCACUUGGUAGUGGGCUGCAGGCCCCGGGCCCCCCUCCACCCUCCUCUGCUGACCCCUCUGGAUUCACCACCCUCACCCACAGCCAUAUCAGGACGGCCUCCCGGCCUUUGCACCUGCUGUGCCCCUGGCCGGAUGCUGUUCCUCCACUCGCCACUAACCACACCCGUGUAUGGACAGAACCGCGGCUGUGACAGGGCAUGGUCUCAAGGGGGCCGAGCUCCUCGCUCUCUGAAAAUUGCCUGGAAGGGAGGGUGCCCGGGCCCGGAGCGAGGGCCGGGUGGGUGCCCCCUGGUGUGCCUGCUGCAGUAUCAUCACCUAUCGUGUUAUUGCUAUAAUUGCACCCCCACCCCUUCCAGGCCACGCCUCCCUGUCGAGACUCUGACCCACACGGCUUCUUGGGGCUGCCCGCAGCCAUCUCCAACCCCCUUCCCUCCCCUGCCCCCUGGAGGCCUCCUUUCUCUCCCUGGCUGCUGCCCGCUGCCCGGAGGUGGACACCAAGGCCCAGAGCCAGGAGGCGGCUGCCCC